UUCGAUACUGACUAUUAUGCAGGCAGAGAUCCCCGGCCAAGAUCACGAUGGCUAUGAUGCAGAACCCAAUUUCUAUGGAAUGCAUCAAGUUUCCGGGCCAAGAUUUCAACAGCGAGCUGGGCGCCUUGGGCAUCUCAAAAGACUGAGGCUCGCUAUGACGAGGAGGUUUCAGUCAGUUCCUACACCUGCACCUGCACCACCCGCCACCUCACCACCCGUCGCCACCACCACUACCUUCAAAACUUACCUACGACGCAUAUUUACCCUACCACUCCAUCAUGCAACGCCACCUGUUGUCGACGUUCCUUUUGCCCAAGGUCGACAGCGUAAUGCUGCAGCGGGUGCUCCUGGGAGAUCCCAAUACGCAACAGCAACAUCAACCAGUAGCAGUUCAGGUAGACACCGGCGAACAUGGAGGCGGCUUGUCCUGUUGUUGUUGCUGCUGCUGCUGCUGCUAGAAGCAUUGGUGAACGUCCAUGGGUAUCUCAGUUUUAUCGUUCAUCUUGUCAUGAUAUCCACAUUGGCUUGA